GCGACAAAUGAGUUUUUGCUGGAACAGAACGCGCAACUGCGAAUCAGCGACAAAACGAGCACUGCCGGUCUGACUACGGUCACUGUUCCUGCAGUUACCAUCACCAACACUGUUCCCGGAGCCGGUCAAAUGCAGCAGGCGCCAACUCCGCAGCAGAUGGUGAACGCGGCGAUCCGCACGGUGACGGCGAGCGUAGCGACGGUGCCAGUGUCAAUAGCGACGGUGACGCCGGUGUCAAUAGCGGCGGUGUCAAUGGCGCCGGUGCAGCCAACAAUGGCGCCCAUUGUGACAAUGGCAUCAGCUGCCCCCGUCGACGUGUCGCAUCAGGCGUCGGUGGCAGUCGGCGUUGGCGAGCCCAUCAGUCUGCAGCUGCCCAUCAGUACCGCCCCACCGCCCACCUACCCCAUCUUGUCGCGGCCGCCCCAACUCUUGCAGCCCACUGAUCUCAGGCAUUGAACACGCAGUCAACAUCCGGUGUCUAAUCCAGAAUUGAAUUCCAGUCAAUCUGUUAUCCAGUACAGCGGAAUUUGAGUGAAAAGUUCGAAAAACGUUCAGCUUUUCAAAUUAAUGAAUUUUAUGUGAUAGACUUGAUAUUAGUUAGUUUUUCUGUAAACCUUGUUAUUUUAUUUGUUUUUUAGAAUUUAAUUUCUUAUAAUAUGUGGAUUAGUUGUGUUUUUAUUUAGUACACUUGAAAAUCAUUCUAAAAUACAAUUUACAGUAAUCACGUGCUAUGAAUAACAAGUUCAAUUUUCAACUAGGAGAGUUGAAUAUAAUAUGAAGGGCAUAAUGCGCUUUAUAAAUUUAGUUGGAGUGAUAUUCAAUAUUCAUUCAAAAUAAGACAGGUCACUCUUAGUGAUUCGAACUAAGAAAUUCUGGCGGUCAACUACUUGUAAUAGUUUUUUUAUGAAUCAAAUUCUGCAAAACAUAAUUUCAUACAAAGCAGUCUUGAUAAUUAUUUCUCAAUAUUCAGCCUCAUUAAUAGAUUAUAAUCUCAUAAAUAUCUAAACCAAAAAUCACAUUUAAUGUAAAUAAUUAACGUUGAGUGUGUUUCUUUUCCCUGACUAGCCCUAGAAUUGCAUCUUAUUCUACUGAACCAUUUUAUUGUGUAGCUCUGUAGUUGGAAUACUUUCAUAGUACAAAACUAGCCUAACGUUCAAAUUCACUCUGUCCUCAAACGUUCAAUGUACAGCAUGUCUACAGUUUAUAUUGAAACUGGUUUUAGUGAAUUAAAUUCUCAUAAGCACUUCUACUUGAUUCACAAAACACUCCAUAACAGAGCAUUAGGGUACAUUGAUUUUAAAUUUUGUGUAAUUUCUUAAUAUCUAUUGUACAGAUAUUUCUAUCUUCAUGUGUAAAUUUAGAAGAAAACUUAUUUUUCAAUUUAGACUACAGUAUAAGUAUUUUUGUAUAUAUCAAUAGCCAACCAAUUAUAUCAGAUACAAAAGAUAAUAUUAAAAUUUAGCAGUUUUAUUACUGUAAAGUUAAAUUGCACCAUUAAAAUUAUGCCAAGUAUCAAAAGUAAUAAUUUACUUUGCACCACCAUAUAAUAUCAACUCGUUAAAUUUUACUGAAUUUAAUUGAUUCAAAGAUAUUAUUGUAAAUAUUUGAAUGUUUUUAUAUUGUUUGAUUGUUUGAAUCAAAACUGUACAUUUUUUCACUUUUAACUUUUCAAUAUUGUGUUAUAAAUGCAAAAUAUCGUAUCUUAAGUUUAUAUUUGCCUAUUAUAUUUUCAUAUAAGCCGUCAUUCAGAUCUAGAUAAAACUUACAAUAUUUACUGAUUAAGAGUUCACUUUUACUGAAAAAGAGUACAAUACAUUUACUGAUAUAAUUUUCUAUUAUUUUAUAUAGAGUGGCCGUAGUCGAGUGGAUUA